AUGGCUGAAGAGUACAGGGACGGUCUGGGCAGGGCAAUGAAGGUGCUCAAGAUGGGCAACCUGAUGAACCCAAAGGAACUGGCCGUAAAAAUCACCUCUAGUAGGCGACCGAACAGAGCAGCAAUUGCUUGUUGGGGGAGAGCUGACAGCGAGUCAGAAUCGGUUUCUUCUGGAACUGCCGAAAAGUUGUUGGGAGGUAACAGCCCAACAAAACCCUCAGGCAGUGGGAAGCCGGUUAGUCCGGUUAAGCCUCGUCCGCGUGAGCGAGACGAGAGUAAGACCCAGCACAGUGCUUCUGGGACAGGGCAGGUUCCACAAGGCCCUGUUUCUAGAAGCCCGGCAGAGAGGGCACAAAGACCUUCUGUUCGGCAAGACAAGCCUCAGCUAGUCAUUACUGUGCCGGGUAAGGGUAAGCAGCCUGCUGGUCUGGGGAAAGGGUCCCAUGUUAAAGGCCGUUCAGUUCAGCAUACGCUGAGUGGAGAAACCCUUGCUAAGAGGCCAAAGCUGUCUUUGGGAGAAACAGGGCAACCAGGGCAUGGCCCUAGGUGUCCGGUAGGAGGAUGUGGGGCAGGUGUUAGUCGCAAACAUGCGCUUCUCUGUCAUUUGCCUGGUGUGUUUAAUCUGGCACUUUCAGGAGAUGAAAUAUCUCAACGCAGGUUAAGCGCCCUGAAGCUAUGCUGCAGGUGGCUUUUAGGAGCACAUCGGGAGCUCAGUGAUUUACUGGUUUAUAUUGAAUCACUGAGUCCACUAUCCUCGGUUGAGCAGCCAGAUGCCUCCACUGUGCAGGCAAUGGUUGAUUUGGGUAGGACUUUGGGGGUGUCGGUUUCUAGGGACGUGAUAUUAAGACCGGAGGGUAAUGAUGUCACGGCCUUGGUGCACUGGCGCUUUCUAUUGUCAUUGAUGUCAAUGUUAGAGCGACAUCAGGUUGAGAAACUUGGACACUUAUUUCAGCUGUCCCAAGAUGAUCAACAGAAUCUCCCUAAGUUACCUGAGGCCUUUGAUAGUCAUUGUCACCUUGACAGGACUAUGAGGGAGUGGGGGAUGACUAACCCAUCUCUGAAAGAGAUGAGUAAUCUGAACCCGCUAGAGUCUCACGAGGUUCACCUCGUGGGAGUUGUAGGGGUUUUCUGUGACCCUGAGACUUACCCUACACAGGAGGGUAUUAAAUCAUGGUCUGAACAGGGUGUCGUACCGGUCGUGGGACUCCACCCCCGGAAGGCGCUUACCGAUAAAGGGUUCAGUAAGCUGGCGGAAGUUCUCCAAUUUCCGGAGGUAGCAGGAUUGGGGGAGAUAGGUCUUGAUCGAACUGAACCUGCUGAAAAAUGGGCUGAACAGCUCCGCAAGGUUGAGCAAGUCCUGACUUUGCUGCAACCGGAGCAUGUGCUCGUUAUUCAUUGCAGAAGUUUGACAAACCUUUCAGAUGAGUCUCUGUUAACUAUGUUUUAUUUGUUACAGAGUCAUCCCUCAGUCAAUAAGGAGCAGCUGAUUCACCUUCACUGCUUUACAGGGUCUUUGGACAUAUUACAGAAAUGGUUAGAAGUGUUCCCUAACACUUAUGUUGGGUUCACAAGUAUGAUCUGUAAGUCCAAUGACUACCUAGACAUGCUCCGGAAACUAGAGUCUUCCCGUUUGCUCCUUGAAACGGAUGCUCCUUAUUUCAGUCCGCCACGCUGUAAAAAGUCCAAUGCCUAUAUGAUUGGAUGGGUUGCAUCCAGGGUAGCUGAGGCCAGAGGCCAAUCUUGGGGUGACCUCCUCAAGUUGGCAAGUACUAAUGCAAAAAGACUGUACAUUGAGAAGCUCCCUCCAGUCUCAAUGUACGGUGAUGAGUCCGGUUAAGCCAUAGGGGCUCAACCCGGUGUACUGUGGAUGAAAUGUUCAUGGUCACCGGUAGUUGUGGUAUUGUGACUGAAAAGCCGCAAUACUAGUACUGGUUUUACCCAGGAAUCUCUCAUUAUUGAGAGUAAGAGACCAUGGCUAACUCCCAUGGUCUAAGACUACCUCCUUCUAUAGGACGGGGAGGAGUGUAGUGCCUGUCCGGUCUGGUCCGACAUACGUGAGGAUAGCCCUACCGGAAGCCGAAAAGGGUGAUUUCCUGUGGAGCGUUCCAGCCGGCUAGACGUCCUCUAUAACACAACCCAGUAAUCUGCCGUAUCACUUCUAGAUACAGCUGUAUCUACCAUCUAAGGUUAUUGAAUGCCAGAAGAAAUUACAGACAACAAUACUGCUCAGUGCAGUAACCAGACCUAAAAAAAACCACUGGUCAAGGCAAACUUUUGGGACAGAGUGCUGCAUAUAUGGGCUUAUGCACAAACUGAGAUUUUGCAAGUCAACUGUCAAAGUCAUAAAGAGAGAUCUAUAGUGGACAAUGUUGAACAGAGUUGAAGUCCUGGAAUCUCGGUCAACUGCAGAUAGCAGCAUGGCGUCAAGCAGACGUCUUGUUUCCCAGUCCAAUUUUAGUCAGGUAUUCUUGGUGGUAUGAAACUGCAGUCAACACAGGUUUUUAGAGGUCUGCAAGUACAGAGUUUUAAAUUGUGAAAUAAAACCUCUAACCAGUUAGCAGUGUGUGUGUGUGUUAUGCUGUGCUGAGAUAUUGCUGUGACAUAUGGUGCAAUAAGGUCCAUAACCUGGUAUGCAUAAUUUGUAUUUGUAACCUUUAAUUAAUUGCAUCGCAAUGUACAUUUGAGUUUACACACUUCCUGAAGUAUAUGUAUUUUAGCUGUAAUAUGCCAAUACACACACAUGUAUAUGUUUGAGCCUCAGAUGUCAUUAUUUGAUUAAGAGAUGUGCUUAAUAUGAACUGUACGGUAUUUUGUGUAACAACUUUGUGUCUUACAUGAUUGUAAGUAUUUAUAGUAAGUAUUGUUCAUAUGUAUUUUCAGGAUGCGUUAUACUAAAUACUAUGGAGAUACUAAUAUUAAAAUAGUAAAACUACAAUUGGUAAAUUGCUUGUUGACCUUAACAAAGGAAUAAGAAGAACCCAUCCCCAUAAACACAAUUAGUUUUUACAGCCAAUCAUUAUGGCAUCCUAUAGAAACUAACAGAGUGGCAUAUACAUAUUCUAUAUUACUGUAGGUUGAAAUUAUUGUUUUGCCCAUACCAAAGUUUUAGAUAUGGGUAGAUCAUCAGUUUUUUUUUCUUUAUAUUUUUUUCACAAUACAAUGUUUAAACUAGAAUUGCAGACAGAGCAAUUGUAAACAAUUCUUACAUUCAACUAAACUUCAUUCAGAAAAUUGCACUAAAGUAACACAGUGAUUAUGACUGAAAGAAGAUAAUAGGAUAUUUGUUUUCAUAUAGAGAAAUUAAAAUGAGGGUUGGA